AUGUUAUUACAAUUUAAUGUUGCAGUACUGGCAUGGAAUUUAGAAGAACUAUGUCUGAUGAAAAUACUUAAUAAAUGCAAAGAUAUCUUUUUGCUCUCUGUUCAUCCCAAUGCACAUUAUAUCAGUAGAUUUACUCAAUCUGUUGAACCAAUAACAGCUAAUAAUGAUGAUGAAAAAUAA